AUGAGAGACAAGAAGCUCACAGUAGUCAUACGUGGAAAGCUUCCCUCAAGCAAAGAGUUGCUUGGCUUCAAGCUCUACUUUCCUUCCCACGAAUCAGCAAGAUCUCCCUCAGAUUCUUUCCGCUGCUGUAACUCCCUCUCACUCAGUAUUUCUCUGCUCAAACGGAAACCCGUAAUGGCAAGACCACGGCCGAAGAGAAGGGUAUGGACCCAAGAAGAAGACAAAAAACUCAAACACUUGAAGACAGAAUACCCCAAUCUAUCUUGGAGAAAGAUCGUACAGCUAGGGAAGCUGGACAGGGAUGAAAAAAGUUGUUCACAUAGGUGGAGGAACUACCUGCACCCUGAUAUCAACAAAGGGGAAUUCUCCCAAGAGGAAGAUGAGCUCAUCAUCUUUCUAAAGGGCGCUGAUGUGAGAUGGGCAUCUAUGCCGAAAUAUGUUCCUAGGCGAUCUGCUAACGCUAUCAAGAACCGCUGGAACAAUCACUUGAAGAAGAAGAAUGCAACUAUAGAUGACCUUGCUUAUUUGAUUCCCAACCUUGAUCCAAAUGCAAUUCGUUUGAUUGCUGGACCCAACAGCUGA